CAUUUAAGGAAUCACACGUGAGUAAGCUGCCAUCACAGAGCUGGCAUUUAAAUAACCUGGCCUGUCUCCCUCUCUCUUCUUCAUUGAUGCUCUCUGUCAAAGCCUUCUGCAGCAUUUCUGGAAAAUUUACUAUUAUAUCUGAAAUCCUCGUACAUCUAGCAGAGAUCAGCUCCAUAACAUCCAUCACCAGUAAGUUAAGAAACAAUAUUUACCAUUUUCUUAUUUCGGCUCCGACUUAUAUCUGUUUUAUCUACCUUUCUUUUUAUAUAUAAAAACCAGUGGACCACUCUCCCUCUAUACCUUGCCUUUUAAGCACACACUAUUCGGCCCACAUUUUCCUUUCUUCUCCCCUUCACAACCCCCCCGCGGCUCUCUCUCUCUCUCUCUCUGCGAGUAACUCCGCGUCCAUUUCUAGAGAGCAUGCCUGAAUGUCCAGAGAUAGGGAGAGAUUUGAUGAGAUAGGCAAGAGGCCGAUCAAGAGAGAAACCGAUGUUUUUUCUCAUAUGGGAAGAAGACAGGCGUUAGGUCCUCCUGGAACCCUAAACACCAUUACACCAUGCGCUGCUUGCAAGCUCUUGAGACGAAGGUGUGCCCAAGAAUGCCCCUUUUCUCCAUACUUCUCUCCCCAUGAACCCCAGAAGUUUGCUUCUGUUCACAAAGUCUUUGGUGCCAGCAACGUAUCAAAGAUGCUAAUGGAGGUACCGGAAAAUCAAAGAGCCGACGCUGCAAAUAGUCUGGUUUACGAGGCUAACGUGAGGCUGAGAGACCCGGUCUAUGGGUGCAUGGGUGCCAUAUCAGCUUUGCAACAGCAUGUUCAAUCUUUACAAGCUGAACUCAAUGCAGUCAGGGCAGAGAUACUUAAGUACAAAUAUAGGGAAGCUAAUAUCGUACCCUCUUCUCAUCAUGUGGCUUUGCUCACUUCUUCAGGGGCUGUUUCGGUUGCUGCACCACCACCAACUCCGCCACCACCAACACCGCCACCGCCACCUUCUCUUCUUCCUCCUACUUCUUCCUCUUCCUCUAUGUACACCCAACCAACCAGCGCUGCCGACUAUAGCACCAUGUCAAGUGAUAAUAUUAUCUCUUAUUUUGGUUAAUU